AUGGAUGUUAUCAAUGUUAAUUUAAAUGUUAGAAUUCAUGUACAAAUUGUUUGAAUGGGUAAUGUUAAGAAUGUAAUACCAAAGGAUGGAUAUUAAAUUUAUCUACUUUAUAAUGUGAGUUAAUUAUUGAUGAUAAUAUUGUAACUGAUGAACAAUGUGAUGAUGGCAAUAUUAUACCUAUGGAUGGAUGCUUUUAAUAGUAGUAUGAAUGCUAAGAUUCAUGUAGUGAAUGCUAUUUAGGAUAUUGUUUAAAUUGUUAACCAAAUUGGAAAUUAGAUAUGCAAUUUAACAUGUGUUUUCCUAUAUGUGGAGAUGGAUUGAUAGUUGGCUAUGAAGUCUGUGAAGAUUCUAACUCUUCAAUCUAUGAUGGAUGUUAUUAAUGUUAACUUUAAUGUGAUAAAAAUUGUUAGAUUUGUGAUUAAUCUGUUUGUUAAGUUUGUUUAUUAGGCUUUAAUUUGAUUAAUAAUCAUUGUGUAGAAGUUUGUGGUGAUGGUAUUAUUGUAGAUUAAGAAGAAUGUGAUGAUUAAAUUAAUCUUAUUGAUUAAAUAUGUAAUCAAUGCAAAUAUACAUGUAAUAUUGGAUGUAAAUUAUGUGUUUUUGGUGUUUGUGAACUAUGUGAAGAAGGAUACUUAUUAUAAGAUUUCUAAUGUUAAUCUAUAUGUGGGGAUAAAAUAAUUAUUGGAUCUGAAUAGUGCGAUGAUGGUAAUUAAAAUCCUUAUGAUGGUUGUCAUUUAUGUUAAUUUUAAUGCCAAUAAGAAUGUUUAGAUUGCAAAUUUGGCAAAUGUUAUGAUUGUUAACUAGAAUAUUUGGUUGAUAACUAUUAAUGUAUUGAUUUGUGUGGAAAUGAAGCUAUUUCUAAAAAUGAAUAAUGUGACGAUGGGAACUUAGAACCAUUUGAUGGAUGCUAUAAUUGUUUAUAUUCUUGUGAUUAAAAUUGUUAAGUUUGUUAAUCAGGAUAUUGUCUUCAGUGUAAAAACAAUUAAUGGUAAGUCAAUUCUAUUAAUUUUACAUGUCAACCCUUUUGUGGGGAUUAAUUUGUUGUUGGUUAUGAAUAGUGUGAUGAUGGUAAUGAUAUUAGAUAUGAUGGAUGUUAUGAUUGCUAUUUUGAGUGUUAAGAUUCUUGUACCAGUUGUGUUGAGGGUGAAUGUUAAUCAUGUGUAGUUGGAUGGGAUUUAAUAAAUAAAUAAUGCAUUCCAAUAUGUGGAGAUCUUCUAAUUCUUGGAGAUGAAUAAUGUGAAGAUGGUAAUGAUAUACAAUAUGAUGGUUGUUAUAAUUGUUAAUUUCAAUGUUAAAAUGAAUGUACAUUUUGUAACAAUGGAGUUUGUUAAGCAUGUAAUACUUAAGGAUGGACUUUGA